AUGGAGCCGCUCAGGCGACGGCCCAGGCUGGAGCGUGGGAGAGCUGUCCAGCUGCCCCGCAGCUGCCAAGCCCAGAGAGUCCGUCCCGGGCACUGUCCCGCGGGGGAGUCGGCGGCAAGAAGAGCUUUAAAGCCACAACGAAUUAAAGCUGAAGUUCCGGCCUUGAGGGUGCACAAGGCUUGCCCAGCGGUCUCGGCUGCCGUCUUACUGCCGAUCCGCACAGCCUGCGAUAAUACCGAAGAAGGGCUAAGGCGUCCUGAUCCUCCUGCCGUCUCGUCCCAGAGACCAACGAAGCCGCUGUUGAAUCGCAAGUCCAGCCGGGAUCAGACAGGGGCGGUCUUACCGCCAGAUACGGCCUUAGGCAGCCCCUCCGUCAAGCUGCUACACCCCCAAGCCCUCCAGGCGGCGCAGGCGCCGCACACCAGCGGGAAGCCGCGCUCCCUGCCCGCCCGCGGGUCCUGGCUGCUGCGCCUGCGUACAUCUCCUCGCCGCAGCGGACCCCGCCCAGCAGCCGGCGCCCGGCGGUUGGCGACGCUUAGCCAGCGGCUGGCGGCGCUCAGGGGAGCGGGCGGUGACGAUGUCUUCUUAGCAAAGGGCUCAGCUACUCUGGACAAAUUGAAGGACUUCUGUAACAGUGGGAAAGGACAUCCUUCCAUGCUUUUGCAGCACUACACCCAGGCUGUCUUAGACAUUACAUAUUUUGAGGAAAACCGUCUUGUGGAUGAAGAUUUUCCAGAAGAAUCUUCCUUGCAAAAAGUGAAAGAACUUACAUACUCCCUUUCAGAACCAGAAGACCUAGUGAGGGAAUGCAACAUAAAUGAAGAACCAAUCAGUAUCCUUGGUGCAGAGUUGUUAGAAUGUCUAUACUGGAGAAAAGGAGCCCUGCUUUACAUGUAUUGUCAUACAGCAAAAGAAAGGAGUGAGUGGCUACGAGAAAACAUUACUGUAUUUAAAAAGUGUCUUAAUGAUGGAGUUCGUUACUUGAUGAAGAUGCUUAGCUUUAGAUGCCCUAUUCAGCUAAAUGAAGAUGUCUCACUUCACGAUAAAGACACAGCUAGAUUACUCAGUGAAGGUGUAUUUAGUGAUACUUACUUACUCGCAAUGAUGUACAGCGGAGAAAUGUGCUACUGGGGACUGCAGCACUGUGGAGAAGAGAAGGAGGAAAGCCUUGAGGCCAUAGAUUUUGUCUGUAGCAGUGACCUGGGCUGCAGUUUACAGAGCGUAUCUCUGGAUUUCCGAGAAACGGGCAAAAACAUGUUAACAAAGUAUGUGGUUAUGUGCGAGGGACCCUUAAAAGGCCAAGGGUGGAACACAACAACUGCGAAACAAAUGUUGUGCCACUUUGUGGAAUCCCACAAAUAA